GAUCGAUCGAUCGACCCGUAUCGUAAACCGAACGCACCCAAACUGUAAAUCCAACCGACCGCGAGGUGUUAGUGCGAAAGUUGUCAUGGACUUCUUAUGGUAUACCGUCGCAGUGCCAGUAACAUUCUUCUUUGGACUUUAUGUUGCACUUCCAAUUAUGGUGAUCAUCAACCCCUGGCUCCAGACCAAAAUGGUGUUCCUUCACAUUGUAAAAGCACCGUUUGUAGAUUAUUCUAAACCAAAGAGACUUGGUAACAAAAAUCUAAAGAGUGGCCGAUGUUUUUAUCUGCCGGUGACAAAUGGAGUGAGGAUAGGUGUUUGGCAUGUCCUACCCGAGAGUAUACCGGAGCCAGAGCAGGAAGAAGACUACAUCCAUACAUUGAAGGAAGGAAAACCUAUAUUUAUAUACCUUCAUGGAACUGCAGCUACUAGGGCCCAUACACCUAGAAUGAACAUGUUAAAGCGUCUCUCAUCCCUGGAUAAUCAUGUUUUCUCUAUUGACUACAGAGGGUUUGCUGACUCCUCGGGGAGCCCCACAGAGGAGGGAGUAGUUGAGGAUGCCUUCUGUAUGUACAAAUGGGUCAAAGAACAUUGUGGUGACUCUCCAAUCAUUAUCUGGGGCCACUCACUAGGCACAGGGGUGGCUACAUUGCUGGUGAGACAUUUGUGUUAUACAAAAGAGAAAUUGGCCGGUCUUGUUCUUGAAGCACCUUUCAACAAUCUUAGAGAUGCAGCUCGUAAGCACCCACUUUCAAAGCCUUUCAGAUUUUUACCUUGGUUUGAGAGAGCCUUUCUGGACACUGCUGCUCAAAUCAACAUCAGUUUUGAGAGUGACAAGCAUAUAACACACAUUACAGUGCCGAUCAUGAUGGUGCAUUCCAAAGACGACGGGGAUGUCCCAAUUGAUCUAGGAAUGAAGUUAUAUGAGGUAGCUUUGAAGAAUCGGCCUAAUGGUGCUGGACCUGUACAGUUCUACGCUGUGAAUCAUUGUGGACAUAUCCACAUUAGCCAGGCACCGGAGUUUCCCUACAUUGUCAGGAAGUUCCUCAAGACUUGUGGCUGUGGUGACUCGUCCUUCUGUGAUAAGGACUAUAACUGUAGUACAGACAUAGACUGGGCCGCGCUGAGUCCUGGAACGCUGGACCAUCGGGCUGACAACAAGGAUCAGUAGUUAAUAUCUUGCAGCUCAUCUUAAACAUAAUGAAAUCUGACUGCAUUUAAAUUACCAUAAAUGCAAUAGUUUUCUUCACUUUUCAGUGAGAUUUCAUCAUCACAUGUACAAUGAUAGUAAUUUAUUAGUUACUACUUGGUUCCUACAAUAUCUGAAAAUCAUGUAACUUAUUCCAGCUCUGUCAUGUUCAAUCAAACAUCAAUAGCAGAUUGGGAGUGCCCAUUUUCUUUUGAGUUUAUGUUCUUGCUCAUUUAAUUUUUCCUAUCUGCCAACAAAACAUGGUGACAACAUACAAUACCAGAACAUUUGACAGCAUCAUGAAUGGGUGAUAUGUUUGUUACAAACUAGCUGUAUUCAUAUUGUGAGUAGUGUAAGUAGGGUUUAGAUUUCAUCAGAGUAAGUCAGUUUUAAUAAGAUCAUGCUAAUUAUAAUUACAAAGAAAGUUCUGUUGUUAGUUUUAAGUUUUGUUUACUUUAGAGAAUGUUCGUAUUAUGUGGAACCUUUAAAAAUAUUCACAGCUACAUGUCGAUGAUAGGUCUUCCUUGUAUUCAUGUUGAUUAUAUACAAGUGGUACAAGGCUGUAAGGAUAUCUAACAAGCCUGACAACAGAUCCAGAUGUAGUUACUCUUUACAUCAGUUUCUGAAAGAUUUUUUUACAAGAUUAUGUCUCAUAAAUUCUUCAACUGAUUUAGAUACACUCCCCAUAUUAUUAUACCAUCAAGAUCUACACCUGAUCAGAUGUUGUCUGUCAUUUGUCUAGAUUAAAAGGUUAAAGUCAUACUUGACCAUUUUUGAAGAAAAUGUCUGUUCAUAUGAUAUUAAUGUUUACAAGAUACUUUAUGAAAAAUUCAAGACUUGGUUCAUGCUCAUACCAUACUAAUGUAACAUCAGUUCUAUACCUGGUGAUGAUCAGUCCAGGUUAAACGACCAAAGUUUACGAUUAACCAAUUUUUUUGUACAUGUGUAGUAUUCUUUAUAUAAUCGCAUACAUUUACACCUUUUACUGAUGAGGGGUUGGAGAUUUACCUAUAUACACUGUACCUCAACUCUUUUUGUCUUUUAUUUAAGGCAUAGUUUUGUUAUCAUGCUGAGUUAUUGUAUGAGCUUUAAUGUUUUACUUUGCCAAUUUAAAAACUUUUAUUCACACGGACAGACUGUUUGGAAACGUGUUACCUCUGUAUAAAAGUUGUUUGGUUGGUGUUCUCAUUUACUGUUACUGUUAAUAUCAGACAUGUGUAUGUCCUGUAUAACUAUUUAUUGUUUAGUUUUAUGAUUACUGCUAUGUUUAAUUUUAUUUUCAUGUUAUUUAUGGGAUUUUUUAUGUAUCAGUAUUAUUUUGAAAAUAGGCUCAUGAAAACCAAUGGCUAAUUUUGGAAUUUUAUACCUGGCAACAGAGCUUCCAGGUAUGACUCAAAUAAGCUAUAUAUAUAAACAGUACUUUUAUUGAAUGCAUUGAUGCAUACAGUUGUAAUUAUUUAUAUGCAGAAACUAUCAGAUAUGUAAGUAAUUUGUUUAAGAUGGUGUGAGAUUUAAAUCACCCAAAUAAGAUUUAUGUAGACUGUAGAAUGAGGGAAUGAAAACAAGUAUUUAUAGUCAAUAAUACCAAAUGGUUACAUUUAAGGCUUAAUUAGUAUAUGUUAAUCAUUAAAUAUUAAUCAAUUAAACACCAAAUAAUUCAAUUAAAGGUAUGGUUAUAGAAUUAAAACUAUAAUUCUAUCAUGGGCAUUGCUAGUUUAAUUAAUAUGAAGCUGACUUGAGGAGUCACUGCAGUGACCAUGACAUGCCCUUCAGGAUUGUAUUAAGUGAGAUAUAUUGUGUUGAAUCUUUGGUUACUAUAGACAAUCAAUAUACAUAUCAUUGUAUAUGAAAUAAAGAGCCUGUUGGUAUAAAACCGAAA